GAAGGGACGUGACAACGAUGAUGAUGCCGUCGCGGCAAUGAAAUAACUGAAAUUUCACGAUGAUGUCCAGGCGGUACCUCUCCCUCUUCGACGACGGUGCAGACCUACGUGAAGUGUUGUGAUGUGUCCGCGCGGUACCGUCAGCAGUAAAGUACUCGCUCUGCUCCGUAGAUGUUUCUCGGUGCCAGGUGCCUAGAACGCAGCUGGCAAAAUGGGCAAGUUGUUGUCAAAAAUUUUUGGCAACAAGGAGAUGCGUAUUCUCAUGUUAGGAUUGGAUGCUGCAGGAAAAACAACAAUAUUGUAUAAACUUAAACUAGGACAGUCUGUGACAACUAUACCAACUGUAGGAUUCAAUGUAGAAACAGUUACCUAUAAGAAUGUUAAAUUUAAUGUGUGGGAUGUGGGUGGCCAAGAUAAAAUACGUCCGUUAUGGCGUCAUUAUUACACAGGGACGCAAGGACUUAUUUUUGUAGUAGAUUGUGCGGACCGAGAUAGAAUCGACGAAGCUCGCCAAGAGCUCCAUCGAAUCAUAAAUGAUAGAGAAAUGCGUGACGCGAUUAUCUUAAUUUUUGCUAAUAAACAAGAUCUUCCUGAUGCAAUGAAACCGCAUGAAAUACAAGAGAAACUGGGAUUAACUAGGAUACGAGAUAGAAAUUGGUACGUUCAGCCAUCUUGUGCCACAACGGGAGACGGGCUUUAUGAAGGCCUUACGUGGUUAACCAGUAAUCAUAAAUUAUGAGCAAAUAUUUAUUUUUCACAAAUUAGCUAUAUAUAUAUAUAUAUGGAGAAUACACGUUUGCUUUGUAUUUUUAUUUUAAUUUGUCAUGUGGAGGCUCCGUCAAGACAAACAUCUGACAAUGAUAGGUUUGACGAAAUGUUUUUCACGAGCAAAGUUAUUGCAGGUGCAAAAGCAAAAAAAAAAAACAAUAUAAAGACAACUAUUAAUGGUGUGUUCCAAUAAUAUCGAUACUAGGUGAAUAGUAAUUUAUUGUAAACUCAAGUACCAAGGGACGAGACCUUUAUUACUAGCUAUUUAUCCCAGUCUGUGGAAAUAAUUAUACUGAAUAGGGUUACAUGACACGGGUUUAACAUCGUUCUGUAUAUGUAACAUAUUUACACACGUGUUUCACACGCAACACAUAAAUUGUCAAGAUAAAGAAAAUUUACAAGAAAAAUAUCUAGUUAUGAUAUUAAGGGGUUCACAGAUUCACAAGGAUUAGUAUACUGUAUAACUUACCUUUGCGGGAUCUUAUCUGAUAUCUGUAUAAUUGUUCUCUGAGAGGAGUUCAGUGUCUCAAAUGGAGAACAUCUCAAGUUUUUAACAGAUCACAAGUAGAUUUUUGACUUUGCAAUAUCUUGUUGUCAAAAUGCUAUUUAACAUGUAUUAUAUAAUAUUCGUAUGCAUAAUCCAUGAAUAUAAUACAUGAGUAAAUUUGCAGCA